CGCGAUGAAUGUCGUGAUCGACAAAUACGACACUGCCCUGAAAGGAGUCUCGACUGAACUUGAGCUGGCCAAGAAGGAGCACGCGGAGAAAGAGGAAGCUUCUGCUCGUCAGCUAAGUACAUCAAAGGCUAACGUCGAGAGGCUCAAUGGGAUGGUUACUCGCGCGAUUGCUCGACGGGAUGAACUCAAGGCCGAUUUGGUGGCAUCUCGCGGGGUUAUCCAUGAACUCGAGCAGAAGAACGCCGAGCUCGAGAGUGAGAAGGCUUCGCUCGCUGCAUCUCAUGAAAGAGAGAUGAAGCGCCUUAGGGAUUCCAGGAUCUUGGAAGUGACGAAGGAAAGAGGAAGAGUUGAAGCUGAGAUGUCUGCAAAGGCUAACCGUCGCUUCGCCAGGAUUCGCUCCCGAGAGGAACGCCGAAGUCUUUACGACAAGGCUCGGUUGCUUCAUAGCCAAGCCUUCGGGACCAGGAAGUGCCUUGAGGCCUUGAAGAGGGCCGGGAGCGACAUCUUGCAAGCCACGAUCGAUCUUUUCGCGGAGCAAGAGAAGAAGUACGAGCAGGAGGCCGAGGAACUCAAGGUUGGCGAGAUACCCGAGGGAGAUCUCGCGCUUUCUCCUCUUGUAUUGGAUUCUCAGUUUGUAGAUGCUCGUAUUUUGGCGAGUCUUGAUCCUUACGGGUCCAACGCCAGUCUAAUUGACCCAGAGACCGCAGCGAGUCUUCUUAUUCCGCCUUCUGAUCCAAUCGAAGGACGUCGUGGCGAGCCGACGGUGGGCGCCAACUGUUUGAUCGGAAAACGGUGAUAAAAGAUGUGGGUUUAACAAAGACGUUUUAUUAUGGUCGGAAGAGACGUUCAGUCGGUUACAAGAGAAGUAAAGAGAAAGCAACAGAAGAGAAGCCGGCAACUCGAUGAGCUACCGGAAAAGUACAAAUAACGGCAAGAUGAAGCAAAGGUGAAAACCCUAAUCUAGCCGCCAAGUGUUAGUCAGAUUAUUUCGGAUCCCUUUCUCGUUCCUCUUCCUUCUCCUUAUAUAGUCCUCUGAUGUGUCGUUCUUGACCUAGCUUAAGUCGUCUUCGUGGGCCUUCCUUAUUGGGCUAAGAGGCCCACAUUCAUUCGAGCGGUCGCCGAGCUGGGCACCUCUUAGUCGACGUCGCUCGACUCGAGAUACUGUAGAAGCGAGCCGAGAGAUCAACCUUUUAAGCCGACUAUCCAAGCCAUCACUCUCUUUGGUCCGGGCCAGGCCUUUUAUUCCUUGGGCCUUAUGGGAUGAUUAAAUCCAUCCCCACUGCUUGUAAAAGAUUUCAAUAAAUACAUAUACAUCAAACAGUUAUUUAUUGAGAGAAAAAAAUGUUUUGGAAUUUCCUUAUAUCACCAUAAAACGAAUAUUAUGAUGCGGCAAUUAAAAGAAAAAAGUGUUUCAGAAAGAAAAAAAAUGAUGCGGCAAUUAAAAGAAAAUAUCCCCUUUCUCGAUCGAGAUCAAAGUUCAAACAAUUAACCAAGUAGUUAAUCGAAAAUGUUCAAAAGAAAAGUAGUUAACCGAAGUAAACCGACGUAGAACUAGAUUGGGCAUUUAAAUAUCUCUAGAAGUUAACCGAAGAAAUAAAGAAUCGAAAAAGCAGCAGAGGAAAUAAAGGGGUUUUGCGCCUGAACCCUAAACCCUGGCUUCAAUCUUUUUGCUUGCACUGGUAAGUUCGCAUUGCCUUUUGACAUGUAUUCACUGAUAGUCCAUGGAAGAAGGUCCGUAGAUCUACACAAGUGGCGUAACUUGAGCGUUUCAGUGCAAAAUGUAUUUUCUUUUUCCAGUUCCUUCUCUUCUUAUGCUGCCAGUGCUAGAAAUUGUCGAAAAGAGCAGGUUUUCACUUUUUGUUACCUCGUUGAUUCCUUGGGCUUAACUACAACAGUCGCGGAAUCAGUCUCAAAAAAAGCCAGCUUCAAGGACAAGGGCAACCCUAAUGCGGUCCUGAGGCUUUUGAGAAGUUACGGGUUCACAGACUCUCAGAUCUCCAGCAUCGUAACGAACUAUCCACGGCUGCUUCUGCUGGAUGCUGAGAAAUGUCUUGGUCCCAAGCUUCAGGUGAUCAAGUCAAUGGAAGGAGCUUCAAGCUCCUCUGAUCGGCUCAUCGAGACUAUCUCAAAAGUUCCUAAACUCUUGGGAAUGAAAGGGGACAAAACUAUAAGCAGAUACUAUGAUGUUGUCAAAGAGACCAUGGAAUCUGGUAAGAGUUUCAAGUUCGAAAAGUUAUGCCAUUCACUGCCUCAUGGCAUGCAGCAGAACAAAAUCAGGAACGCAUCUGUUCUGAGAGAACUUGGAGUGCCUCAGAGGUUGUUAAACCCUUUGCUCGUCUCGGACCACAAACUUGUCUGCGGAGAUGGAAAAUUUAAAGAAACCCUCAAGAAGGUUAUUGACAUGGGUUUUGAUCCGACAAGCUCACAGUUUGUUCAAGCUCUGGGGGCUGUUAGGAAGUUAGGCGACAAAGAGAUACAAGAGAAAGUCAAUGUCUAUGGGAAGUUAGGCUUUUCCGUAAGAGAUGUAUGGGAAAUGUUCCUCAAGUAUCCUAUCUCUCUUAGAUUCUCGGAGGACAAUGUAACUCAGACGUUUAAAAUCCUGAAGACUUGUGGACUAAUAGAAGAAGAGAUCCUCUCAGUGUUCAAGAAGUUUCCACAAUGCAUUGGUUAUUCAAGGCAGAAGAUAUACAACUCCCUUAAAACUUUUUUUGGCCUUGGAUUUAACAUUAAUCAGUUUUCGAUGAUGGUCAAGCGCUUCCCUCCAUGUCUUAACAUGUCUGCAGAGAGGCUGAAGAAAAGGACCAAGUUUCUGGUGAAGAAGAAGAAUAAGCUUAUGCUGAGGAAGAUGAAAUGGUCACUAAACGCUGUGGCUUCGUUUCCUCAGGUACUUGGAGUUAGCAUGGAGAAGAGGAUUGUACCAAGGUGUAACGUUAUGAAAGCACUCAUGUUGAAAGGUUUGCUUGGAGACAGAGAAAGCAUACUACCUGAUAAGGAAUCUGUCUUGUUAUGUACUGAUGAGGAGUUUUUAGACAGGUAUGUGAGGAAUCAUGAUGACAAGGAGCUUGUGGCUGAGUUAAUGUCUAUCUUCACCAGAGAUUCUGCUUCAUAGAUAUUUAAGGCUUGUGUUAAGGGUUGAAGCGUGUUUCUGUGAACUGGAUUUUCGCUUUAUAAAUUCGAGGAUAUGAUCCUAGAAACUUUUUAGGCUAUCAUAUUAUAUAUUUAACUGAAUAAUGUAUUGAUUUCGGUUGUUGUUUCAUUACCAUCUACCAAAGUAACCAAGCACAUGUUUGUUCCAUAUCUUUUAGGGGCAUAUCUAGCAAGUAGCAACAGUCUCUCUUACUUUUUUUGUUUGACAGUGUUUUUGGAGAUAUGAGAUCCUAAGUUACGUGGUACCCUUAGAGGUAUGCCUAAGGCGUGUAUCAUAGUGUAGUGUGGUAUUUUAGAGUUUGUAGAGAGGUAUGUGAUGAAGCAUGAUGAUAAUAAGAAGCGUGUGGCUAAGUUGAUGGCUUGUGUUUCGCGACUGUCAAGUGUUUUGCUUUUAUUUAUGAAUCACGUGGAAAUUUCGAUUUAAGACUUUUGCGAUCUCAAUUUGUAA